GCGCAGUAGCACAUUGACCGACAGGACAAGUCCGAAGGAUUCUAGACUCUGCUCUCGCAAGAGCGCAGGGCGAAGUAAAAAAUCUCCGCAGACCAGCGUCUCUGCUCUCCUCACUCCACCGCCGAGAGCUGGAAAAACUUUCGGAUCAAGAAGAACAUCACCGCCGAUCCGCAGAACCGUAAGGUGCUUUGUUCGAUGGCAUCGCCCCCUAUCAAGCCCCUGGACGGCCACGGCGGGUACCUCCGGUGGAAGGAGUCGCUGCUCCUCCGCGCCCACACCCUCGGCGUCGCCUGCGUCCUCUUCGAGGCCCCCCCGGCCGGCGAUGGCGACGAGGCCGCCGCCAAGAAGUGGGCACGCUACGACGCGUUGUGCCGCGGCCACAUCCUCGCCACGCUCUCCGACCGCCUGCUCCCGGACUACGCCCGCUUCGCCACGGCGGCGGACCUGUGGCGCGCGCUGGCGCGCACCUACGACGUGAAGAUGCCGUCCGUCUGGCACGACAGGUUCCUCGAGUUCUCCUUCGAGGAGAGCACCGGAGACGUCUUCCUGGAGCAGCUCGCGCACGCCGAGGCUCUGGGCGCCGCCGCUGGGUACAGCGAUGACGCGGUGGCUGUAUGUCUGCGUGGGAAGCUCCCGCUGGCCGUCAGCAUGGGCGUCAUCACGCGCUCGGGUCCUGAUAACAAGAGAGGCAUGGGCGUGGUCUGGGACGUUGCUCAGACGGUCGUGUCAAAUGGUGCCGAUCUUUGGGCCACGACGUGAUCUUCUGAAGAUCAAGAGGGCGGCUACUCUGAUGGUCUAAUGCCAGAGCAGAACACGCCGAGCAGGAAGCGUGGCAAUCGUGGGCACGUCGUAUCCAGGAACUGCGGGCGCAGGGCUUGAUCAUGGCGUGAUCAUGGGCCUGUCCACGCUUCUUUUGGAUGCCGGGUGCAAGGUGAUAGCAUUCAAGCAGUCAAGAUGGCUAUCUGAAUCUUUUGACAAUGCUAGUGUUUGUAGUCGCUAUCUAGUCUAUAAUCUAGAUGCUAGACUGAAAUGUUUCUGCUAAGUACUCGCUGUCGACAUGUUAAGAGUAAUAAGACCAAUUAGGAAGCUAUGGACAUGAAUGAAAACUGUUUGUG